GUGGCUGAAACUGCAUUUAUGAAACACCAAAAAGAGGCACCGAUUUUUUGGUUUCCUGUGUGGUUAAGCUGUAGAGAUGAUCUCAGCUGACUUUGGCCGACUAACCAGUCAGUCACAGGCAGGAGAGGAAGGACCGCGAGAUUGCUCGGCCUGUGAUUGGAGACGCUGAAUGACGUCACCUCCGCCAUGACGCCAGGCUCCUCAUUCAUAAAAAAAGGAAAAGAGGAGAAACAAUCGUGGAGAGAAACACGGAGUGAGAGAAACGAGGAGGUCGCGGUAACAAUGAGCUCCACGGGAGGCGAGAUGCGCGCAUAGAGCAGCGGUGCAGCAGCGUUGGGGGCGGGAGGCGGGAAUCCACGCGGGAUCCGCCAGCAUACACAAGAGGCGUGAAGCCACAGCGAGCCUCAAGUCCGCAGAAGAAGACCGACACCAGCGACGCGCUAUGGAAGAUCUGUGCGAGAUGGACUGCACGGUGCUCAAGCGGCUCCUGAAGGAGGACGGCGCCCGGUGCUUGGUGCUCGACUGCCGCUCAUUCCUCGCCUUCAGCGCGGGACACAUCCGAGGGGCCGUCAACGCCCGCUGCAACACGAUCGUCCGCCGCAGGGCCAAGGGAUCAGUGCUCAGCCUGGAUCAGCUCCUAGCCGGCGAUGAUGAAGUCCGGGCCCACUUCCGCUGCGGGAUGUACUCGGCCGUCGUGCUGUACGACGAGAGGACGCCGGACACGGACACGGUGAAGGAGGACAGCACGGUGAGCCUAGUGCUCCACGCGCUGUGCAGGGACUCAACCUCCACUAACAUCUACUUUCUUAAAGGUGGCUAUGACAAGUUUUUCGCCGAGUACCCCGAGUUUUGUUUGAAGACCAAAUCCUUGCCCCCGCUCACAUGCCAGUCCAGUGUGGAAUCGUCGUGCUCGUCCUGCGGAACGCCGCACCACGACCAGGGCGGACCUGUUGAGAUCCUCCCAUUCCUCUACCUGGGCAGUGCCCUUCACGCCUCCAAAAAGGAAGUCCUGGAUGCCAUCGGAAUCUCGGCGCUGCUCAAUGUGUCGUCCGACUGUCCCAACCACUUCGAGAAUGCGUACCAGUACAAAUGUAUUCCUGUGGAAGACAACCACAAAGAAGACAUCAGCUGCUGGUUUCUGGAGGCCAUCGAGUUCAUCGACUCGGUGCGUGACUCCAGCGGCAGGGUUCUGGUCCACUGCCAGGCGGGCAUCUCUCGCUCAGCCACCAUCUGCCUGGCCUACCUGAUGAAGAGGAAGCGCGUGCGUCUAGAUGAAGCCUUCGAGUUUGUGCGUCGGCGCCGCAGCAUCAUCUCGCCCAACUUCAGCUUCAUGGGCCAGCUGCUACAGUUUGAGUCGCAGCUGCUGGCCACCUCGUGCGCCGCGGAGGCCGCCGCUACAGCCAGCCCUUUGCUGGGACCCAAGUCAUCCGCGGGCACCGCUUCGGCGACGCCGACGCCCACCUCGCCGUUUAUCUUCAACUUCCCGGUGUCGGUGGUGAACACCGCCUACCUGCACCACAACCCCAUCACCACGUCACCCGGCUGCUGAUAGCCGAGCACAGACGCUCUAUGUACUUCCAGGGCUGAGGGGUCAAAGGUCACGACCUAAACCCUUACAAAACAGCUCCUCCUUCCAGUGACUGACCAAAAAUAGACUUUAAAGGAGUUUGUGUGUGUGUGUGUGUGUGUGUGCGUGUGUGUACGUGCUGGACUUUAGGCAACACGACACACUCAUGACUAACAAGUGAAUAAGCUCAGUAUGAAGACAGGCUCUGUUGCCAUGGAGACCACCGGUCUUGAAGGAGAGGAGAUGGAAGGAAGCAGGAAUUUUAAGCACUCGCUCCUUCCUCCUUUGGCGCUCCUCCUGCUGCCACACAAAGGAGACGGAUGGUGUGUGUGUGUGUGUGUUAUGGUGGGGGAGGAGGGCAUAUAAAGCAGGGGCCUCCUCAGUGACAGGUGCUCUGCUGCCUGGAGUUUCCUGUCUGUCCUCUUCCGCUCUCUCUCUGUCUCUCUCUCUCACACGCACAUAAACACAAACAGACCUUCCUCUCAUCUCCUUUAAUGUUCCUCCUCUUCAUCUCAUCCCUGCUUCUCAUCUCCACGGCCUCCUCCUCCUCUCAGAUCUUCAUCUCCCUCUCUCCCCUGACCAGGCAGCACAAAUCAAAGGAGGUGGAGAAAAGGAAAGCCAGUCUUUCUUUGAUGGCCAUCUCAUGCAUUUAUUUCACCCUUUAUUCUGCUUCAUCACUCGCAUAUUUGAAUACAACAAUCAACAUGCAGAGUAAAUAUAUAUUUUACCAUUUAGGAAUUACAGCAGAUUAUCUCUCCCUUUUCCUUGGACCAUUGACAUGUGUGCAAAUCAUCAACAUAAGAGGAAAAAAAACCCCACUAAAAAUAGCAUUCUGGACAAACUAAGCGUGUUGCUUUUUUAAAACAUUACUAAAUGCAUACAUGCAACUGCUCGCUUGAUGUCUUUUUUUCCCCCCCUUGAAUGCAUUCCUAUUAUUUUUCUAUAAGAAAGGUCUGUCAUGCACACACACGCGCACACGCACACACGACUCCCUGCAAUACUGAACUUCUAACCCUUUGAAGAAGCCAACACCAGAAGUGUAGUCUCUUUAAACUGAGCUCUUCUUUAUCCCUUCACUUUUACAAAGGGUUGCAAAAAGUGUUCCUGUUUUCCACUUUGAAGUGAUGCAAUACUGUAUUUUUCAUUUGCGAUGGGUUUUCUUCAUGCGGACAAAGACUUUUUGUGUGUGAAAUAUGGAAGAGCGAGAUCCAAUCAGAAGACAAAAAACUAAACUGCAAUACUUUGUGCGUCUCCUCUAUCUUCAGUCCGUCCGCUCAAUGCUGUUUAAACAUCACGGCAAUAUCGAACCUUCACUUGGACAAGUGUGUAUACGUUCAUACAAAAAUAACUUUCUGUCAAUUUUAAUUGUGUUGAAUGAAUGACAUGUAUGCGUUUAUUUAUUACGGAACAACCACUGUUGAAUAAAUCUUGUUCUUAAUUAAA